UUCAGAGCUGGAAAAGCCCAACCAAUCAUCUGACAGGGAGGGAAGAGGCGAAGCACCACCGACUUCCCAAGAUGCUGGCACUAAUAAACCGGCUUUUAGACUGGUUCAAGUCUUUAUUUUGGAAGGAAGAGAUGGAGCUGACCCUGGUCGGCCUCCAGUAUUCGGGAAAAACGACGUUCGUCAACGUAAUUGCCUCUGACAAAACCCUAAUUGGAGUGAUGGUUGAUGAGAUGAAGAGGCUGCUGAGGAAGCUGAUGUCCAAAUUUGUGCAAAUGGAUGUGAUCAGGAAAGCUGAGGAUAUCCUAGAUGUUGAUUACAGGAACAAGGAGAUCUGGCAUGACACAGGCAACAUAGCAGUAUCACAUGAUGCCAGACAAUACAUGGAGCAAGUUGAAGACUAUCUCUGAUGCCACCAAAAAGAGGUUCUUUGACAGUGUAGUUAAUUUUUACACAAGUGUUGUGACCAAAAUGAACUUGAAAAAAAAUGGUUGCAUUUUGUCUUAGCGAUUGUCGCGCGCGCGCGCGU